AUGCCACUGGGUGAGGAUUGCCAUGCCUGGAAAAAGAAGACAUCAGAUGUGAAGGAGAAGUAUGACUUCAAAGAGAUCCUGGGAACGGGAGCUUUCUCUGAGGUGCACUUGGCUGAGGAAAAGAGGACCCACAAACUGGUAGCUAUCAAGUGUAUCCCCAAGAAGGCAUUAGAAGGCAAGGAAAACAGCAUUGAGAAUGAGAUUGCAGUCCUGCACAAGAUUAAACACCCCAACAUUGUGUCUUUGGAGGAGAUAUUUGAAAGUAAAUCACACCUCUACCUUGUCAUGCAACUGGUUUCAGGUGGGGAGCUCUUCGAUCGGAUCAUAGAGAAGGGCUUCUACACAGAGAAGGAUGCCAGCAAGCUCAUUCAGCAGAUUCUGGAUGCUGUCAAAUACCUCCAUGACAUGGGGAUUGUGCACCGCGACCUGAAGCCAGAGAACCUGCUCUACUACAGCAUGGAAGAGGACUCCAAAAUCAUGAUCAGUGACUUUGGCCUGUCUAAGAUCGAGGGCUCUGGCAGUGUAAUGUCGACGGCCUGUGGAACACCUGGAUAUGUUGCCCCAGAGGUUUUGGCUCAGAAACCUUACAGUAAGGCAGUGGAUUGCUGGUCUAUUGGUGUCAUAUCUUAUAUUCUAUUGUGUGGAUAUCCUCCUUUCUAUGACGAGAACGAUGCAAAACUUUUUGAGCAGAUCCUGAAGGCAGAGUAUGAGUUUGAUUCUCCUUAUUGGGAUGACAUCUCUGAGUCAGCUAAAGACUUCAUAAUGCAUCUUAUGGAGAAAGACCCCAACACACGUUAUACCUGUGACCAGGCUCUGCAACAUCCCUGGAUUGCGGGCGAUACUGCUUUAGACAAGAACAUCCACGAGUCUGUCAGUGCUCAGAUCAAGAAGAAUUUUGCAAAGAGCAAGUGGAAGCAAGCAUUCAAUGCCACCGCAGUGAUUCGUCACAUGAGGCGUCUGCAGCUCAGCACCGGGAGUGAAGGAUCCAACCCUACUUUGCCAAGCCCCUGCCGAACUCACUUGCUAAUGCCAGAGGAAGAUGCAGACGCUUGCUGUGAAGGUGACUGCACCCAGAACGUUGAUGGUGGAGCGGAUCCUCUACCAAACCUCACCUACCGAUGCCACCCAGCCAACAGUGUGUGAUCCAAGAUCCACACUGCGUACCCAUCUUUCAGUCCUCAAUAACUUUCCAAUUUUACUCCCCCCAGUGAGUGCAGAGGCACUCUCGCCCUCUUAUCUGGCUAGGGAUACAGAGUCAUUCCAACCUGUCGCCUGCAGGGGGAGCAAGCCUGUCGCGCCUGAGAGGGAACGAAUAAAAAGGGUUGAAAAGGAGGUGGAGGGAGGCUUGAUGUCAUUGAUAAUGAUGCGCCAGAGUGGAUCAUUUUGGGGAUGGAAAGGCAUACUAAGGAAAGAGGGAAAGACGACCUCACCCACCUUCAUGUCAGGGGCGGGGGUCUUUUUUCUUGCACAAGCAGGACAGAGCUUGUUUGACAUGGCUUGUUUGUUUUUAUUCAACUUGUAUUUUUUAAUUCAACCAGUCCCUUUGUUUUGUAUAUUUUUGUGUUGUUAUACUAGCCUCCUACAUUCAGACUUCGGAGUGUAAUGGCAGAAAAGUAUCUGCAUGACUACGAGAGAAGUUCCCAUUGCAUGCUUUAUCUUAAGAAUGCACUGUAAUGCAGACACACAGCGUCACAGCACAUCAGAACUAUGAAGUGUUUGAUAUGGUUUAGGGAAAAGUGAGUCAAAUCUUGUGAUGUUAAAGAUUUGCAUUCCAUCUUUAACUCAUGCUUUUAGAAUUUAGACAAUCAGACAGAAUAGUUUAUUCAAUGAAGACUCCAUUCCCUUGUGCAACCUUUCUUGUGGCAUUACAUUGUUUUCAUGAAGUGGUUAGAUUUUUGGAGAGGAAUUGUCUACUCUUCUCUCUUUUAUUUCAGCCCCCAACCCUUUUUUUUGUAUUGUUUAGUCAAAGGUGCCUUUAUUAUAAACAGCAUGAUGGAGUUAUUGGUGAUAGGUAGCUUCCUUCCUGUAUUGUCCCAUUUUGCAUGUGUCACUUGUUAACUUCAAUCACGGUUCUAAAGCCUAUUUUCCUCUUCAAAGUGAAUUAUUGUAAUUUCAAAGGGAAUCCUGUGCAAUGAAAAGUUAAUUUGUGUUUUCCACGUUUGUUGAAAAAAAUGACAGAGAUGGCAUCAGUAUUUUAAUGUGAUACAGGAAACAAUUAUGUAAAAAAAUGUAUGAAGCGCAAUUAUUGAAAUAUAAUGGUCAACAUCCAAAAGCAUCCCAUAGGCAAGAGUAAGCUUAGUUAUGUUUAAUGAGUACAAAUAAAAAUAAGUAUGCAUCUGUUACCAUGUACUGUACUGCAAUACCUAUUAUGUUUUCCUGAUAUCACAGUUCCCUCUUUAAAGCAUGUUUCCUUCACAUGCAGCCUUUUUAAAAGUAAAAUGUAACUGGAUAAUAGGCUGGGAAUAUGCAGCAGACUGACUCACUCCAUCUCAUUGUACACUCAUUUUUAUAUGUGUGCGUCUUUUUUUCCAUAUCGCUCCCUUUAAAAACAUGCAUAGGCAAUCAUACAUGGACGUCUGUCCUUUUUGGAAAAGGUCUUUCGGUGCAAAUUUGAAAAAUUGUGUUCAUAAUGUUUACCAUCUUCUAUUUUAACCAUAUAGAGCAGCUUUAUGCAAAUGUCUGAAUCAUCUGUGUCUGUUAGAGGGUCUCACCUUGGUGGCUCACUGCUCUGAGAAACAGUGAAAAAUGAAUUCAUUUCAUACGUCAAAUGACGAUUUUACGACUGCAGUGAGACUGGUGCUAAAUUAGUUAAAGGUAAUAUUUAGUUAGAUCUUUUACUCUUUAGCUAAUUCAUCAUCCUGUCAUGCAGGUGAAUAGCAACAGAAGGUGUAAGAAUCUUUCAGCAGGUGAAAGAAGCUUGGCUGUGCUGCUUUGGAUUUUUAAUCUUUACUGUACAUUUUGUUGAGUUGUUGUUGGUAUCUAUCUUGAUGGAAAUGGUGACUCCAAACUAUAAAGCACAUUUAAAAGAUGAUUUUAUUAAACUAUUCUGUGUGAACUAUUUAUAUCCUGAAUUUCUGUGACAGAAAAAAGAAGCAGAGAAAAACUUAACGAUCAUUGUCAACAAAUGUAAUUUCAGAUCUGAUCUUUCACUUCGGACAUGUCAUUUAUUUUAUUUUAAUGCUGGAAAUGUUACUUUUUUGACUUUGGGAAAUUUAAAUGUCUUUAAAAAAAAUACAAUUUAAGAUAGAUGGUAUGGUUUUAAAGUGAGCAAGAUUUGUAAUAACUGCAUAAAAAUA